GCUGAGCGGCGGCGCCGGGCGCAGCGAGUGCCCCUGUCCCGCCGUCCCGGCACACGUGCGCGGCGGGAUUCAGCGGCGGCUGCACCGAGGGCAGUCCUCGCACGGCUCCGCGGCGGGGUUAUUCCGGGUGACAGAGGAAGCCGCAGCCCACGGGGCCGCCCCCGGUGUCGGCCCCGUCCCGACGCGGCCCGAGGAGGAGCCGCGCACCUGCCCGCCCCCGCCCCGCCCCGUCUCCCCGCCGCGGGGCCGGCGGCAGCGGUACGGGUAUAACGGUGCCCCGCAGCAUCCCGCGGGCCGCGCCGGGCCGUCGCUGCUGUAGCAGAGCUUGCCAGUGAGAAGGGGCAGCCCUGAGGCUCCUGCCUGCAGCCAUGGAAGGGGCUGUGCAGCUCCUCAACCGCGAGGGCCACAGCAUCUCCCACAACUCCAAGCGCCACUACCACGACGCCUUCGUCUGCAUGAACCGCAUGCGGCAGCGGGGGCUGCUCUGCGACAUCGUGCUCCACGUGGGCACCAAGGAGAUCAAGGCCCACAAGGUGGUGCUGGCGUCCUGCAGCCCCUACUUCCACGCCAUGUUCACAAAUGAGAUGAGUGAGAGCCGCCAGACCCACGUCACGCUGCACGACAUCGACCCCCAGGCCCUGGAGCAGCUGGUGCAGUAUGCCUACACUGCCGAGAUCGUGGUGGGCGAGGGCAACGUGCAGACACUUCUCCCUGCUGCCAGCCUGCUGCAGCUCAAUGGGGUGAGGGAUGCUUGCUGCAAGUUCCUGCUCAGCCAGCUGGACCCAUCCAACUGCCUGGGCAUCCGGGGCUUUGCUGACACCCACUCCUGCAGUGACCUCCUCAAGUCUGCACACAAGUAUGUCCUCCAGCACUUCGUGGAGGUCUCCAAGACAGAGGAGUUCAUGCUGCUGCCUCUGAAACAGGUGCUGGACCUCAUUUCUAGUGACAGCCUCAAUGUGCCAUCAGAGGAGGAGGUGUACAGGGCUGUGCUCAGCUGGGUCAAACAUGAUGUGGACAGCAGAAGACAGCAUGUCCCCAGGCUGAUGAAGUGCGUGCGGCUGCCCCUGCUGAGCCGUGACUUCCUGAUGAGCAACGUGGACACGGAGCUGCUGGUGAGGCACCACUCGGAGUGCAAGGACCUGCUGAUCGAGGCCCUCAAGUACCACCUGAUGCCCGAGCAGAGAGGGGUCCUCAGCAACAGCAGGACGAGGCCACGGCGCUGCGAAGGGGCCAGCACUGUGCUCUUUGCUGUGGGUGGGGGGAGCCUGUUUGCCAUCCACGGGGACUGCGAAGCCUACGACACCCGCACCGACCGCUGGCACAUGGUGGCCUCCAUGUCCACGCGCAGGGCUCGAGUGGGCGUCGCUGCCAUCGGCAACAAGCUGUACGCUGUGGGAGGCUAUGAUGGGACCUCUGAUUUGGCUACAGUGGAGUCCUAUGAUCCUGUCACCAAUUCCUGGCAACCUGAGGUGUCCAUGGGCACCAGGAGGAGCUGCCUGGGGGUAGCAGCACUUCAUGGGCUUCUCUAUGCUGCUGGGGGGUACGAUGGGGCCUCGUGCCUCAACAGCGCAGAGCGCUACGACCCCCUGACGGGCACCUGGACCUCCAUCGCCGCCAUGAGCACCAGGAGGCGCUACGUGCGGGUGGCAACUCUAGAAGGCAACCUCUAUGCUGUGGGGGGAUAUGACAGCUCAUCCCACCUGGCCACAGUAGAGAAGUAUGAGCCCCAGAUCAACACCUGGACGCCCAUUGCCAACAUGCUGAGCCGGCGGAGCAGCGCGGGAGUGGCGGUGCUGGAGGGGCUGCUCUAUGUGGCUGGUGGCAACGAUGGCACCAGCUGCCUCAACUCUGUGGAGCGUUACAACCCCAAAACCAACACCUGGGAGAGCGUGGCACCCAUGAACAUCCGCAGGAGCACCCACGACCUGGUGGCCAUGGAUGGGUGGCUGUAUGCAGUGGGUGGCAACGAUGGGAGCUCCAGCCUCAACUCCAUCGAGAAGUACAACCCCCGAACCAACAAGUGGGUGGCAGCCUCCUGCAUGUUCACUCGCCGCAGCAGCGUGGGGGUGGCCGUGCUGGAACUCCUCAACUUCCCACCCCCUUCCUCGCCCACCCUGUCGGUGUCUUCGACGAGCCUUUGACAAAGAGUCAGGACCUGCCUUACCUCAAGGGGACAGGGCUGUCUGGUGGAGCUCUAGGUCAGCCUGGCCAGCCCCGCGGGGCAGCCGCUCGCUGUAGGAGGAGAGCCAAGGGGGUGCCAGCUGCUGCCGCCAGCCCCAGCGCUCCUGCUGCGCGCCUCGGAGCAGCACCGCCGCGGCAGUUAGAAACCUGCUUCCUGGGUGAGCCCCUUCCUUCUGGAGGGCCAGGAGAGGGGAUGCUCUCUGCUCCAUCCUGCCUCAUCUCACUGCUCACCCCAAGGGCCUAUAGUUGGGGUUUUCUUUGCCCCUUUGGGGAGAGGACACUUGCAAACCAUUGCUGCUUCUCGGGUCCAAGGGAGCCAGCUGCUGCCACAGCUGCGAGCACAGCCAGCCCCGGAGGCUGCCAGGAGUGCCGUGGGGUGGCAGAGGUGGACAGCACUCCUCCCGGGGACACGGCUGAACGUGCAGCUGCUCCUCUGAAUGUCACUGUAGCCAAACUCUUUACCCAGCCUAUCGUGCACUGUUAAAGACUCUGAGGCCACUCUGAGGUUCUCAAUGGUGUCUAAUUGAUGCCUUAAAAUACACUGAGGAAGCCCAGCUAAGGGACAGG